AUGUCCGACUCUUUCACAAGUUCAUCAUACUACUACAGUUCCACAGCCAGCGGCAACGACGGCCAGGUCACAACCGGCCAUCGCUAUUCAACAACCUCGCAUACCGAGUCCGACGGCACAACCAUCGUCCGCACGGCACACCAGGACCUCGGUCAGCCAGCUAUGAUCGAGGAACGGCGAUAUGAUAGUACCGGCCAGGAGCAGCUGUCCCUGCCGGAGCCCUUGAAUGCGGGCUAUACCUCUAGUUCUGGUUCUGGGGCCACGUCGGCUGGUGGUGUGCGGCGGAUUGUGGAAAUAGACGAGGAGGAUGAUACGCCGACCCCAACGUCGACGCCUGGUGUUGUUUCGCAUUCUGGGCCUAUCCUUGCUGGUGGGGCUGCGGCGCAGUUGCUUGAUGGUGAUGGGGAUGAUUUUGAUAUUGGUGUGCAACCUAGGGAUAGUCGUGUUUAUAACCCUAUGACUGAUGCUUAUGAUCAGCUUGGGGAGUUUGAUGUUGAUCAUGUUACUGGGCAGCAUCGGAGGAUGAUUGGCAGUGGAGCGAGCAGGGAUGUUGGGUUCAGGCAAUUUGAGGAUCCUAGUACUGGAGCACGCGUGCCGAGACAGUCUGGGUUUGACGUCAACAAUGUGAUUUAA